CUGAAGGUGCGCUGCAGACUCUCACACAGCAGCAACAUGUCUGAAGAAAAGCGGACUCUAGUUUAUCUCAUCACCGGCGGCUGCGGCUUCCUCGGUAAACACCUGCUCCGGGUCUUACUGGAGAAGGAGGACAAUCUGGUGGAGGUGCGACUUUUUGACAAGCACAUAGACUCACAUUUGAGCAAACGUGGCACAGAGCGGAAAAAGGUGGUGGUCAUCCAGGGAGAUAUCACAGACUACAGCAGCGUGUCGGAGGCCUCGAGAGGAGCCGAUGUCGUCAUCCAUACGGCCAGCUUGGUGGACGUUUGGCACAGAAUCCCGGAGACUCUCAUCCACUCUGUCAACGUCACAGGAACGGAGAACGUGAUUAAUGCCUGCGUGGAGAACGGCAUCCAGUCCCUGGUCUACACCAGCAGCAUGGAAGUGAUCGGCCCCAAUGUCAAAGGAGACCAUUUUAUCAGGGGUAACGAAGACACACCUUACAACGUGAAUCACUCCAUGGCCUAUCCGAAGAGCAAGGCCAAGGCAGAGAAAAUUGUGCUUGAAGCUAAUGGGACCAAGGUGAAAGGUGGACAGUGUUUGUACACGUGCUCUCUGAGGCCGACGGGGAUCUACGGCGAAGGACACGAACUAAUUAGGGAUUUCUACAAGAUGGGAGCAGACAGAGGAGGCUUGAUCAUCGGGGGAGUGCCUGACCACACUGAACAUGGACGAGUCUAUGCUGGCAACGUGGCUUGGAUGCAUCUACUUGCAGCCCGCGCUCUGAGACAGCAGCCGCAAAUAGUCGCCGGCGAGGCUUUCUUCUGCUACGAUGACUCACCGUACAAGAGCUACGAAGACUUCAACAUGCUGUUCCUCUCCACGUUCAACUUCCGAAGGGUCCGCAUGCCCUUCGUGGUGCUUUGGUUCAUGGCCAUGGUGAACGACGUGCUGCGCUGGAUGCUGAGCCCCUUCUACAACUACACGCCGCUGCUGAACAGUUACACGUUGGCGGUGGCCAGCACCUCCUUCACGGUGUGCACGGAUAAAGCGCUGCGUCACUUCCAGUACAGCCCUUUGUACGACUGGGACCAGUGUCGAGAGCGCACGCAGAAAUGGGUCGACACGUUCCCUCAGGAGAACCCCAAAGACUCUUAAAGUGACCUCAACCGCUGGAAAAACCCACAUCAGAUGCUGCUACUGUAUGUAGGCACGCAGGACAAGCACAUAUACACGUGGAACCUGCUGUGAGGUGACGACAGAAAGACAAGCAAACUGUAUUUGCAGUGUUUUUUUAAUUCCAACUGUGGUUCAGUGAGCUUUAUCGAAGUAUAAAAACAGCAUAUACGCACAUACAGAAUAACAUUAAAAAGCAUGCUCAUAGACAUUUAAUCAUUCAAGUACAGGUUUAGUGUGUGCUGAGGUGCUUUUAUGCUGUUUUAUGUCAUUGUUUAGUAUUGCAGCAGUUAUUUUG